GCUCGCGCUUCCUGGCGCUCGGGCUCUCCGGAGGCUCAAGUUCUGCACAACUUCUCCCGGCUGCCCAGCGCCUCGGCCGCGGGCCCGGCCAGCUAGCUGCGCUCCUCGGCUCAGCCGUCUCGUCCACAGGGCAGGUCCUCGUGGAGCAUCUGGUACCAAGUGGCCGCUGGCGGUCCCUCUCUGCGCCCCACCUCUCUGAUCGCCCGGGUCCCCUCGCGUGGGACGGCGGUGCUUAGGUUCUUGGCCCUUUCUCCUCCCCGGUGCGCCCGGCGCGCCGGCCGCUGCGUAACCCUCCCUGCGCCCCUCCUCUGCCAGCUCCUGGAAGCCAGUGGUGGGGACCCAGACUCCCUGAUGGUCAACGUGCGGCACCCGGGGCACUCCCGGGCCAUGUAAGCAGCUGUCCGGCAGAGAGCCUGGUGGGCAUGGACAUCUUUAUCCACAUACCUUAGUGUGACCACGCCGACAGAAAACUACUAAGGCCAUCUCAGGGGUGCCUGUGCCAGGAGAGGGGGGCGGUGUCCCCGGGCCGCAGAGCCAUGCCUUUCGGCCUGAAGCUCCGCAGGACUCGGCGCUACAACGUCCUGAGCAAGAACUGCUUUGUUACCCGGAUCCGCCUGCUGGACAGCAAUGUCAUCGAGUGCACGCUGUCGGUGGAAAGCACGGGGCAAGAGUGCCUGGAGGCCGUGGCCCAGAGGCUGGAGCUGAGGGAGACGCACUACUUCGGCCUUUGGUUUCUCAGCAAGAGCCAGCAGGCGAGAUGGGUAGAGCUGGAGAAGCCACUGAAGAAACAUCUGGACAAGUUUGCUAACGAGCCUCUGCUUUUCUUCGGAGUCAUGUUCUAUGUGCCAAAUGUGUCACGGCUUCAGCAGGAGGCCACAAGAUAUCAGUAUUACCUGCAAGUCAAAAAAGACGUGCUUGAAGGACGGUUGCGGUGCUCCCUGGAACAAGUGAUCCGGCUGGCUGGCUUAGCUGUGCAAGCUGACUUCGGAGAUUAUAACCAGUUUGAUUCCCAAGAGUUCCUCCGAGAGUAUGUGCUCUUUCCUAUGGAUUUGGCCAUGGAGGAGGCGGCUCUGGAGGAGCUAACCCAGAAGGUGGCCCAGGAACACAAAGCUCAUAGCGGGAUCCUGCCGGCUGAAGCUGAACUGAUGUACAUCAACGAGGUAGAGCGUUUGGAUGGAUUUGGACAGGAGAUCUUCCCCGUGAAGGACAGUCAUGGCAACAGCGUGCACCUCGGCAUCUUCUUCAUGGGGAUUUUUGUGAGGAACAGGGUCGGGAGACAGGCAGUGAUAUACAGGUGGAAUGACAUUGGGAGUGUUACUCACAGCAAAGCAGCCAUCCUGUUGGAGCUGAUUGACAAGGAGGAGACCGCGCUCUUCCAUACAGAUGAUAUUGAAAAUGCCAAGUACAUUUCUCGGUUGUUUACCACUCGGCACAAAUUUUACAAACAGAACAAGAUCUGCACUGAACAGUCAAAUUCUCCACCCCCAAUUAGACGCCAGCCCACCUGGAGCCGGUCCUCACUGCCAAGGCAGCAGCCGUAUAUCUUGCCUCCCAUGCAUGUCCAGUGCAGUGAGCACUACUCGGAGACCCAUACUUCCCAAGACAGCAUUUUCCCCGGGAACGAAGAAGCCUUGUACUGCCGUUCUCACAACAGCCUGGACCUUAAUUACUUGAACGGCACCGUCACCAAUGGCAGCGUGUGCAGCGUUCACAGCGUCAACUCCCUCAGCUGCUCUCAGAGCUUCAUCCAGGCGUCUCCAGUGUCCUCCAACCUUAGCAUCCCUGGGAGUGACAUCAUGAGGGCCGAUUACAUCCCCAGCCACCGCCACAGCACCAUCAUCGUGCCGUCUUACAGGCCGACCCCAGAUUACGAGACGGUCAUGAGGCAGAUGAAGAGGGGUCUGAUGCACGCAGACAGCCAGAGCCGGUCUCUGCGUAACCUCAAUAUCAUCAACACCCAUGCCUAUAACCAGCCCGAGGAACUGGUGUACAGCCAGCCGGAGAUGCGGGAGAGGCAUCCCUACACGGUCCCCUAUGCACACCAGGGGUGCUACGGUCACAAACUUGUAAGUCCGUCUGACCAGAUGAACCCCCAAAAUUGUGCGAUGCCUAUCAAGCCAGGGGCCAGUUCCAUCUCACACACAGUGAGCACUCCAGAACUAGCCAACAUGCAGCUCCAAGGAGCACAACACUAUAGCACAGCCCACAUGCUCAAGAACUAUCUAUUCAGGCCGCCACCCCCUUACCCUCGGCCCCGUCCUGCCACCAGCACCCCAGACCUCGCCAGCCACCGCCACAAGUACGUCAGCGGCAGCAGCCCUGAUCUGGUAACUCGGAAGGUGCAGCUCUCCGUAAAGACCUUCCAGGAGGACAGCUCACCUGUGGUCCAUCAGUCUCUGCAGGAGGUGAGCGAACCCCUUACAGCCACCAAGCACCAUGGCGGCGGCGGUGGCACGGUGAAUAAACGCCACAGCCUGGAGGUGAUGAACAGCAUGGUGAGAGGCAUGGAGGCCAUGACACUGAAGUCACUCAAUAUCCCCAUGGCUCGCCGCAACACCCUUCGGGAGCAGGGCCCUUCCGAGGAGACGGGCGGCCACGAAGUGCACGGUCUCCCCCAGUAUCACCACAAGAAGACAUUCUCGGAUGCCACCAUGCUGAUCCACAGCAGUGAGAGCGAGGAAGAGGAGGAGACCCUGGAGGCUGCACCUCAGGUUCCUGUGCUUCGAGAGAAAGUAGAAUACAGUGCCCAGCUGCAGGCUGCCCUGGCCCGCAUCCCCAACAGGCCCCCACCUGAGUACCCAGGGCCAAGAAAAAGUGUCAGUAAUGGGGCACUGAGACAGGACCAGGGAACCCCUCUUCCUGCCAUGGCCAGGUGCAGGGUGCUGAGACACGGACCAUCCAAGGCCCUCAGUGUCUCCCGGGCAGAGCAGCUGGCUGUCAACGGUGCCUCUCUGGGUCCCUCCAUCUCUGAGCCUGACCUAACCAGCGUGAAGGAGCGGGUCAAGAAAGAGCCUGUGAAGGAAAGGCCGGUGUCAGAGAUGUUCUCCCUGGAGGACAGCAUUAUAGAGAGAGAGAUGAUGAUCAGGAAUCUAGAGAAGCAGAAGAUGACGGGCCCGCAGGCACAGAAGAGACCGCUGAUGUUGGCAGCGCUGAAUGGGCUCUCGGUGGCCCGAGUGUCGGGGCGGGAAGACGGUCACCAUGAUGCCACCCGAGUCCCCAUAGACGAGAGGCUCAGAGCCCUGAAGAAGAAGCUGGAAGAUGGAAUGGUGUUCACAGAAUAUGAGCAGAUUCCAAACAAAAAGGCCAACGGCGUCUUCAGCACCGCCACUCUGCCUGAGAAUGCCGAGCGCAGCCGGAUCCGAGAAGUUGUCCCAUACGAGGAGAAUCGAGUGGAGCUCAUCCCGACCAAAGAAAACAACACAGGCUAUAUCAACGCCUCCCACAUCAAGGUGGUGGUCGGCGGAUCAGAAUGGCACUACAUCGCCACCCAGGGGCCCUUGCCACAUACGUGCCAUGACUUCUGGCAGAUGGUGUGGGAGCAGGGGGUGAAUGUGAUCGCCAUGGUCACUGCAGAGGAGGAGGGUGGACGGACCAAAAGCCAUCGAUACUGGCCCAAACUGGGGUCCAAGCAUAGUUCUGCCACCUACGGCAAGUUCAAGGUCACCACAAAGUUCCGGACAGAUUCUGGUUGCUAUGCAACGACGGGCCUAAAGGUGAAGCACCUGCUGUCCGGGCAGGAGAGGACCGUGUGGCACUUGCAGUACACGGACUGGCCCCACCACGGCUGUCCAGAAGACGUCCAAGGAUUUUUGUCCUACUUGGAGGAAAUCCAGUCAGUCCGACGCCACACCAACAGCGUGCUGGAAGGCAUCAGGACCAGGCACCCCCCCAUCGUGGUUCACUGCAGCGCGGGUGUGGGAAGGACUGGUGUGGUUAUCCUCUCUGAGCUCAUGAUCUACUGCCUGGAACACAACGAAAAGGUGGAGGUGCCCACGAUGCUGCGAUUCCUCAGGGAGCAGAGGAUGUUCAUGAUCCAGACCAUUGCGCAGUACAAGUUCGUCUACCAAGUCCUCGUCCAGUUCCUGCAGAAUUCCAGGCUCAUUUGAUCUCCUCCGGGAUGCAGCUUCUGGAGGAGGGACGCAGCUCUGUCCUGCAGGGGGCGCCACUUCGACAACAUCUGCCUCCCCCAGCCAGAGGUGGAUGGCUGGCAGCAGGCAGAAGCCAGAGUUACUCACAAACAUCAUGUAUUAUUUUAUAUAAGAUAAUUUAUUUUUUCCCUCUUUGGAAUAAGUUCUGUGAGUUAUUAUAUAAUGCUUCCCCCCCAUACACACACACAAUAAUAUAGUGCUUCUCAUUUGAACCACACGUUGACUGAUCUGCAGUGUUAGCCUCCGGGAGGGAAGGUGGUGGCCCCCAUGGGACAUUUUAGACACAGAGGCAUAAAGGGAAAGCAUCUCUAGUGAAGUUGCAGGCAAACUGGUAAUGCUCCAGUCAAAAGUGGCAAGAGAGAGAAACCAUCCUCAGCUGGAAGGGAGAGAGCCAAGGUCCUGGAAAGUGAUCCAAACACACUGGGUUCCUGCACCUUGCUGGGUGCUUGCUUUUCUCUCCUGCAUUUCUGUCCUCUGUCCUCGCCCUCAGCAAUCUUUCUCCGGAAGCCUAGGUGAAGGGUGGGAUUGGCUGGAGAGCAUGGUGCCUCCAAGGGUGGUGAUGCCGUCUUUGGUCAAUGGGGGCGCUGCUGUCCUUUCUCUCACCCCUUGUUCUGGCUCAGAAGUCUGAUACAGUGAUGGGUGGCAGGCUGGGUAUCUGCUGCUUUGUCUUGUAUACUCACAACACUGUAGUCUGGUGGCCCUGGGCCAGGCGGUCUGCACAGCUCAGCCCUCUGCCUGAUUCUGACUGUGAGAAGAUAACCCACCAGGGUGGGAAUGGAGUUGGGUGUGGCCUCGGUGUGGCCUCUUAGCUACACAAUGUUGCGUGUGGUGGAUGGUGACGUAGAAGAUGAAGUUCAGGUACAUUCCAUCUUCCUAUCUGUUCCUAAGUUGUUAGAAGGGUCUUAAGGAAACUCACAUUGGGGAGCUGUCAGGCACUUAGUAGGGCCCUGCCCGGGAGGUACACACCUGUGUCCAACUCACUGUGUGCUGCUUGGUUUUAGGCUGUAGCUGAUGAGGGCUGAGUUGGUUCCUCUUAGAGCUUCCUUGUUGUCCUGAGGCAGAGUUCCUGGGUGAUCUUGAGUUUGCUGUGUAGAGGAUGGCUCCUAAUUUUUCACAUCUUCCCCUCCCACGUGCUGGGGUUUCAGGUGUGUCCCACCACACUAUGAAUGCUGAGACUGUCUACUAAAAAACCUUCCACCGCCUCCCUCUCCUGUGCAGCCCAGCCUGGGUCAGUGAUGAUAUCGACCGUGUUCGAUUUGAAGUCCAGUUUCCUGCUUAUGUCCAAUUUUGCUCAGAGUAUAAUUUUCUAAACUGUGAGUUUGUGGAACUGAAUGUGUCAGGUCUUCCUCCACAGUUACAUUUUUCCCUAUUUCCUGAGCUGAAAAGACCAAACAGAAAGUGUGUGUCUUUGUGGCUUCUUUCUCCACCCCCUAGUGAGUGCUUAUGACAGCAGAAUCCCCAUGAACUCCUCUGGAAGGUGAGCCAAGCUGUCUUCACACUGGGCAGGGGUGGUGCUGGUGCUGAUGUUGAUACAGCAUUUGUGGGUUCAGAAUCUGUAGAAGAGGUGCUUCCAUCCUCCCUUCCGCCAUGCAGAUUGAACCAAGGAGUCUAAGUGUGCAAGCCUUGUGGAUCUGGUGCACUGUGUAAACUCUGACAUAGGUAUUUUGGGGAAAUGUUACAGUGUUAAGGGUGGGAAGUCUUGUUUCACUUCCUUUGAUGAUGUUUCUCCUUUACAUUCGGUCCCACUUACGGUUUCAUUAUGCAAUGAAGAACGCUGCUGAUCCUCUCCUGUUGUCUCUGAGCUGUAGUCGGUCAGAAUGUAUCUCCCUCGGGCAGCAAGGAGAUAUGAUGCCACUUUGCACGGGUCACUCGGGGGCUGUUUUUACCCUGUGUUAGCAGAACAAGGUGCAGGGAAGUAGCAGAACAAGGUGCAGGGAAGAUGUCGGUUGGCUACCCAACUUCCUAGUGUGCAUGGUGAGCCCUAAAGGAGAACAUUAAGUGUCCCGAGUACGUAUGUGUUCCAUUCUCAGACACCAUUGCUUCUGGUUCUUCAGUAACAUUCCAAAUUCCUUUCCCAUCCCUAGGAAGUCCCCGUGGAUCUCUGGUUAAAUUAUCAUCAGGCAUAUAAAGUGGCAUCUGCAUAAUGAUUGCCCAGAGAUGCUUUCUAUCUGGGAAGUGAGCCAAGGAAUAAACCUUGAAGUAAAGUGUAUUAAAUUAGUUAUCUGGUUAGGCCUUUUGGAAAGAUUUCCUGUGAUGCAUGGGGGCCAGAGCUGGAGUUGUCAGGGCCCAUUGCCGCAGUUUGGAUUUGAAGGAGGGGAAAAUUAAAACAGGAGCCAGUAAGUCAUCCCAUCUCACAGCAGAGCAGUGGACUGCUUGCUCGAUGGCCCUGGUUUGGAGUUUUUUCCAGUGGUACCACACUCUUUUACUUACACUCAUCGGCCUACGUCCACCUUUGUCCUGGUUCAGGGGUCUCUGUAUCCUGGCUGCUUAACGUGGUGUCUUCAUCCCUGAGAUCCUGAGUUGUGUUAAAGAUGAAGCUGCGGAGUUUCUGGCUGGGCUGUGGCUGGUCUUAGGUGGCUCUGCAGUAACUUCAGGUGGAAUCCCAGGGGUCAGGGGGCUGCACAUCCAUAUAUUCUCCUUUUUCAGUAAGAAGUAGAGGAGAAAACAGGAUUGGGCAUGUAAGUCGCUUUAUGGAGGUGAAGACUAGUGGGUUCCUCUGAUCACUUGGAGAUGAGCCGCAGAUACGAUACUAGGGAGGCUGGGGGCAUCUCACGUGGACCGUAUCGUGUAAUAAGCCUUGAUUUAAUGCGCUUACUUUGGGAGACUUGUACUGUUAUGAGAAAGGGAUUACUCACGAUUAGAAGCAAGCCGUCAUCCCGUUCCCCCCAACACCCACUCCAGUCUUGGGCUCUCUCAGCCACCUCUGCUUCAGGACAUGGUCCUCAUGGGACACAGCCACCAGCUUCUAUGCAAGCCAUACCCUGCCCUCUCUCAGCUUCCACUUUUCAGCAGCUACCUCCUGAACUGGUUCUUUGUGACCCUGCUACCUCGCUGUGCUGGCCUUGCAUCUGGUCAAGCUGGGAGGUGCCCCUGGAUGCUGACAGGCUGGGAUGACAGAUGUGUUGCCGUGUAGUCUUCUGUCACCCCCUUGAAGCUCAGGCCGGCCUGCUUAUCGAUGAGCCAUUUAGGCUCUCCCCUUUUUAGUGGCAUGUCUGAUGGAGAGAGCGAAUUUAGUUAAUUGAUUAAUGUUUGGAGAUGUGCCAGUUACUUGAGGUGGAGAGGGGAAGAGUACCAGGUCAUUCUAGAAUAAACUCAACGAACAUGAUUAGCCUUGACCCCUGUUUGUAAUAACUUAUUCAUUUUGUCUCAGUAUUAGGAAUGAGCUGUCCACGGAGUGCGCGGUCACUGCCGUGUGGCCCUCAACUUCUGCAUUUACCAAAGAUUCUGCCGCUGCUGCAUCUUGUCUGCGCUCUAGCCAGGCAGCUGGCAACCAGGUUCUCAUUCAGUGUUCUUCUCCUCGAGUAGCAGCUCCGGCUCACUCUAGCAGGGAGCUUUGGGCCUUCCAUGGGGACGGCACGUUCCCUGGUGACCUACAACUUGAUGUAUUGGCCCUGGAGGGUGGACUCAGUCACAGUUAGCCCCAGAGGGUUACUACAGUCUGAGCAUACUGGCCUUCACCUCGCUUCUGUGUCCUUCGGUGGCAAAUCACCUUUCCGGGGACAUCUGCUGAAUGUAGUACCCACAUGUCUGGGGAAAUAUGAGGGUGUGCUCAGCACAUGCUGCCAACCCGGCUUAUCCAGAUGUCAGUUAUUCUAGGGGAGCUGGGACAGUGUCCAGCAGCUUGUCCACAUUCAUCCUCCUGUUCUCAGCUUUUGCAUUUCCAUUAUAACCUUCGGGGAAGUGAGUGUUUUCACCGGGUGUGUCCAGUCCUUCGUAACCUUUGCCGUUUAGUAUGGAACAUCACCUUUCUCAGGCUCUCGCUGACGUGUUCCUGUUAGCCUGUUCAUGACUGGGCACUGGGGGUCUGGCACCCUUCAAUCUCAUGGAUGGAUAGUGUGCUGCUGUUUGGAGAUCGGUUCUUGCCGUUUGGAGCUGGGUUCAGCCUCCUCAUUUUAGAGAUAAAUUAAAGGGCAUUUGGUUGUCUGGCAGGGGUUGGAGCAAAUGCCAGCCUAAAUAUGGUUAACUGUUGCAUAGAAAGUGACUCUUGGGCUACACUCUUGCCAGCAGGACCAUCAUUCACUAAAAGUGCUCAGAGCUUGUCCAAGGACAGUAGGGAGUGGUUAGAUCACCCCUGGAUUUCUUACCCCAAAUUUUUUGGGCAUAUAAUUUUUUUUGAACCCUGCCACAAUGUCAGAAUUGGAAACUGUGACGCAACGCCCCAGGAAGACUGUGCUCCAGCCUUGAGGGCUACUUCUCCUGGGCUCCUUGCCUGCCCCCUGUAUCGGGUUGUGACGUGUGAUCUUUGCUCUGGGGACUCCUCGCCUGAUACUGCAUGCUUGUGAGCAGAGAGUUCUGCCCAUUCGUGCUACUCCCAUGCUCAGCACUCGCAGACUCUCUUGCCUGUGAGUGCCUGUGCAAGUCAUGUUUAUACAAACGCCGGGCUGUGCAGCGGCCAUGAGCAUCCUUGUGCGGGGAUGAGGUGGUGCCCCGUGUGUCGUCACUGUCUGCAUUCGAGGUCACUUUGUCCACCCAGAGUGCCUCCAGCUUUCCUUCCUUGCUCACUUGCUUUCCAGACCAGCUCUCUGAAGUUCAUUUUUAAUUUUACCCUACCUGUCCACAAAGCUCCUAUAAAAGUCAAAUCUGGCAAAGGACCAUGGCCUUAAACCUCUCUAAAAUGUCCACAGAGGAAUUCUUAAGAAAGAAUGGUUCCGUAGCUUCUGGGGAUGGGGGAUGGGAUCUGGGAAAUGAGUGUCCAAGAUGAAUCGUGUAGAAGGCUUCUCACAACCAGGCCUCCCUCCUGUCCUAAGGGACAACACUGUCCCUCAGUACCAGAAGAAAUGAAAAAAAAAAUGACGGCUAUUAGUGCAAAUAGAAAUGAGGGCAGCAGGCUUCCUGUUUGUUUCCGGGUGUCCCUAGCAGGAUUUGGGGUGAGGAGAGCGCUGUGGUGACCUGCAGUCUACCUACUUCUGGCUUGCUGGACUGUUCGCUUCAGUCUCCCUGGUCAGCUGUGGGACAGGUGCACCUCAGGGCUUCCCAGGGAGCCCCACACUGCUCUGACGGAUAGCUAAUGCAUGAUAAGCUAUCUAUCCAACCCCCUGCCUUCUUUAUUUUUUCUUCUCCAACCUCUACCUUUAGGGACACAAACUCUUUGGGGUAGAAAGCUGAGAGGGGAGAGGCUAAGUGUUUUAGAUGGGGUUUUUCCGUGCCUUGGGGUGGGACCUCCGCUAAACCCUCAGGAAUGCCGAGUGUAGCCAGGUGGCUCGUGCUUGGCGUUCUCAGCAUUUCUUUGGGGCUCCAGCCUCCUUCAGUGCAGUGUUGGCUAAUAAAUACCUUCAGCAUUGAACUGAAAACUGUCCUUUGGAGCCAUUUUUUUAGACUCAAAGGUUGUAAAGUUUUAUUGCAAUCUCCUUUGAAGUUCCUUGCCACUAUUGGUAGUCCUAAAAUUCUGUAACCAGAUUCUUUUAGAUACAAGCUCACACUUCCUUAGAGAUGAUCUCCCUUGGUGGUCAGCUGACCUGGCUGAGGGCUCCCUGGGGGAGGUUACAUAUGCAGAUGACUAUUGAAAGUGUAACCUUUUGUGACGUGUUACAUAAUAACUGGCUAGUUUGCUUCACUAGUCAGUCACUUCAGUCAGUAUUUUGAUGCUUGCUUUUGGUUGCUUCUGUCUGAUGUCAGUAGUUUUGGUUUCCUUCAAAAUAAUUGACAUUUAAUAGUUUUAUUUUGAAAUGAUGCAUAGACACCCCCACCCCCAGCUUAGAAACCAGCUUUUAUUUAGGGUUCUUGGGUCAGCCCACAGAAGCCCUCAGACCUCAGCCAUCAUGGCUGGAAUGCAGUGCUAUGCCAGAUGUGGUUGGCUUUUGUGGGCUGGCCUGGACAUGGGCUAGCACCCACUACGUUGUAAAUGGUAAAAUAAAUAAAUAAGAAAAUAUAAAGCAUUCCAGGUUGGGACUCGGCACCCAGCCUGUGGCAGCUGCUCUGUCCUCGGCAGAGAUGGCUGUCAAAUCUCUCUCUCCUAGCAAACUGCACCUAAGGGCAGGGGAAGGACAGAGGAGACAGAGGACAUUCCUUCCUAAGUUACCGAUGAUCAUGUUGACUGCUUUGGCAGAGACUCUCUGUCACGUGAAUAACAUUAAAUGCCCUAAAUAAAGCUAUGCACACUGCUCCAUGGGCUGUUGUCUCUCGGUAACAAGCUUCGCUCGCCAGCCUCUCACACAGCUCUGAGGUGUAGGGUGCCGACUUUUGACAGUAUUCCUUUGCACUGUUCCCUCUUUCUACAAAGUCUUAUUUAGAUAUUGGUUGUCUCUGUCCUGGUCAUUGCUGUGUAAGAUGUCGCCUAUGUGCCUUUACAAAUGUGAGAUCUUUAUUCUAACCCCCUUUUGUUUUUGGUAAAAGAUAUCUAUUGAUUUCUACAUGCAAUAAACCUUGUUUUGAGAGAAAA